CUCAGCUUUACUCUGCUUCUGUCCUCCAGAAACAUGGCGGCUCCCACGGUCCUCAGGCGACAGUUGUUUCCUUUGGCAAGGAUAUUGAGUGGACUUUCACAUUUGAAACCCAGAAGUCUGACUGUGUGUUCAGGUCACAGGAGAUGUGCUGUCAGCCGGUUUCCUCCUCCACUGACACCCAGCGCCUCCUUCCACACAGCGACACCGUUAUCAUCAUCAGCAUCAUCAGCAGUGAGUGUUCAUCAGAUCACAGUUACAGAGGAGCCAGAUGUGCUUUUCCAGAAGGUGCUUGUUUUGGUCAAAAGUCACGACAGAGCCGUGUUGGACAGCUAUGAGUUCUUUGCCACCACGGCGGCUCAGGAGCUGGGCAUCACCGUCGGCAAAGUUUUUGAGCCGCAGAAGGACAUCGAGAGGGUGACGCUCCUGAAGUCGGUGCACAUCUUUAAGAACCACAGGGUCCAGUAUGAGAUGAGGACGCACUUCCGGUGCAUCGAGUUGUCCCAUAUAACCGGCAGCACAGCGAAGGUUUACCUUGAGUACGUUCAGAGGAACCUCCCUGAAGGUGUAGCCAUGGAGGUGACAAAGACUGCCAUGGAGAAGGUUCCAGAUCACAUCCUCAAACCCAUGUGGGAAGACCUGCCUGCUGAUGACAAGCCCAGCCAGUGAACCGGACCGCGGCCGACAGACCAUUAUUACACGUGUUUGAACUGUGAAUAUGUUGGUAGAUAUGUGGUGGAUAUGCUCGUGUCUAUGAUCUAACAGAAACAUUUUCCUCAUACAGAGCUGAAAACAGGAGAAGUGUAGCUUUAAAUAAACACAAACAUUCUGCAUUUAA